UAUAUAUAAAGGCUGCAUUUUCGAUUCAGUGUCUUUGUGGCGUACAGAAGUCAGGUUUUUUCGAAGUAAAUAAAUGGCCAGUUCUGUAAUAGCAAACGCUUUAAGUAAGAAAAGAGAAUUUCUCAUUCACAGAAUUAUUUCAUACAUGGAAUUGUUAUUUAAUCUAACUGCAAAAAAGAAUACCGAUGUUACAUUUGUCAAAUGUCUACCCUGAACCCGUGAAAAUGAAGACAAGACACUGCUGCUUGUUUUCAAAUAUGUUUGUUUUUGUUUUCUCCUUUCAUAGAGCAUUAGUAUUCUUUCGUUCAUGGAAUGAUUUAAUCAGUGGAUAUAGCAAAUGUUCCAAUAUGGAUGCAGGAUCACAUCAGCAGGGAGAUGAUGAGGAUGAUGUCUUGCCAUCUUUACAAACAGUCACAAAUUUUGAUUAUGGAAAUGGUGAUGUUCCUGAGCUUACUGAUACUGAAAAUGGUUUUUGCUUUGAAGAUUCUCCAUUUGUUGCAAGUAGAAGUCUAAUAAGGCCAGAAGUUACUCGACUUGCUGGAGAAGAUGAUGCAGGCCUUGUAGUAGAAGCAGAGUUUCCUUCUCAGGAAACGAGUUUUUUAAUUGAAUCACUGGUUAAACAACUUUGCAAGUUCAUAGAGAAAAAUGCUACCAAACAGAGAGCUCUGUAUGAUGCUAUUUGUCGUAUUCUUUACAAACUGAAAUUAAUUGAUGGUACAUAUGCAAUAGAAGAACUUGAGUUUAUGAGAAACCGUUAUGUGCAAGCAGUUUGGGAUCUUCUUCAAAUUGCGAAGAUAGGAAAUGAACCAGGAGCAAAUAAUAGACUGAUCAGUGUUGUCAGGAAAGAUUCGUUCAAGAAAGCUUUGCCCAGCAAGCUCCUGGUCCCUGAAAAAUUGUUCGAAUCAUCUCGGUAUCAAACAGAAUUUGUCGAGUUGGAGUAUAUAGCACAUGGUGGGUUUGGCUAUGUGUACAAAGCAAGAAACAAAUUAGAUGGUGGUGAAUACGCUAUAAAGAAAAUUUGUCUGAGAUAUCACAGAGUUGAUAAUUUUCUUAAAAGCCUGCAAGAGGUAAAGCUUUUGGCUAAACUGCAUCAUCCCAAUAUUGUUGCUUAUAAAGCAGCUUGGCUAGAACCGUUCCAGCAGAGUUCCAAUUUAGACUGCCAAAGCAGUAUUACUGAUGAUUCCCUUAGCACAUCAUUAAAUGAUGCCUCUGAUGGGAUGUCUCCAUCAAGUGAGAUGUGUAAUGGGCAGAGAGCAAAUUAUGCUUUGUCUGGAAAUGCAACAUACAGUAGCAGUUCUCAGAGCAGUGCCAGUGAAAGUCAUGAACAAGUAAGCCAUGUAUCUGCAUCACAUAUGCAUCUAAAAAGCAAAGAGAAAUCCUAUGAUUCAGCCGAUAAAUGCUCUUCAAAGUCUACAAGUACAGAAUCCUCAGAAGAUAAGGCUAUUUGUGUGCCAUCCCAUUUAGAGGAAAUAACAUGUAAAAACCUGAAACGACUGAUACCACCUGAGAGAGAUUGUGCCACACUUUAUAUACAGAUGCAGCUAUGUGAUCAAACACUUCUGCAAUGGCUAAAUAAUAGAAAUAAUAAAAGGAUACCCAUAGAUAUUACACAAUGCCUCAAAGGAUUUCGCCAUCUGGUUCGCGGAAUUGAGUAUAUCCAUUCCCAAGGGAUAGUUCAUCAUGACAUUAAGCCAAGCAAUAUUUUUGUAAAUAGUGAGCUGAGUCAAGUCCAAGUGGGUGACUUUGGCCUUGCAUGUUUUCUGCAACAUUCACACAAGGAUGUUGCAUUAUUAUCACAGCCAACGUUGUAUGGUGACCACAGGAAUAUGGAAAUUGGAACAAAAACAUAUGCUGCUCCUGAACAGCUUGAAGGUGUUUGUAAUCAAAAGAGUGACUUGUAUAGUUUGGGAAUUGUACUGUUUGAACUGCUUCAGCCGUGUUAUACAGACAUGGAAAAGAGCAUUCUUAUAAAAGAUCUAAAAGAUGGUGCUGUGUCACAGGAGUUGUGUGCAGCAGCACCAGAACUGGUUGAGAUGAUGAUACGCUUGACUUCGUGUUCUUUGGACAGAAGACCUACAUCAAAAGAACUGUUGGCUCAGCUGGAUUACUUAUCAUGCCACAAUACUAAUGAGAGCUCAGUAAUAAAACAUCUGUUAAGUGAAAUAAGCCAACGUGAUAAAGAAAUUGAAGAACUGAAGCAUGAAAAGAGACAGUAUGCGCAAGAAAUACUGGAACUGAAACUUAAAUUGGAGAGAUAUGAGACUUUAGAUAUGUCAUCACAAAUUUAGUGUAAAUCUUCCUAGACUUUACAAAUUUGCUCAACUUCUACUCAUUGCCAGAUGAAUAUAAGACAAUGCCCAGUAUCUAGCUAUUUGGUAUCAAAUACUCAUGGAAAUUACUUCUAAUUUUCCCUUCACAAUAAUUAGAUAGAAAAGAUGGGAGGGAAAGUAAAGUAGAGCCAUGCAGACCAUGUGCCAAUUUUAAAAAUCUUGAUUAAUUUAUUGUACCAAAUGUUAACAACAUGAUAAAAGAAAAAAAAAGUGUUUUCUGGGUGGUAGUGGAUGAAGCUUAUGACAGAAGAGAAGAUUCAGAAACUGAGAAAUCUUUCAAGCAUUAUGUUAAUGUUACACAUGUUGCAAGUUAGAUAAACCACAGCAAACCCAAAUCAUGGGUUUUAAAUUCAAACUACUUAAAUUUGUUUCUUGUUUCAGUAAGUGCUUGAAGGCACUUCUGCACAAUUUUUGUUUUGUGCCUAUUUUAUUUCUACUUAACUUUUCCACCAUGCUUGGUGGUUUCACUUUUGGAGAUUCAUUUUUGCCACAUUACUUAAAUUCUAUUUCUACAAGAUGUGUGUAUCUUUAAAUGAAUGACAAGACAUGUCGUCUCUUACACAUUAUCAGUAUUUAAGGAUUAAUGUUACUUCAGAGGCAAUAGGUUAGGACUUAUUGGAAUGAUAAGGAUAAGUGAAGUAACAUGACUUUAUUAUAAAACGUAUUUUUGUAUUUGUUGAAUAAAAUUCUUUUUACAAGAAAGCUUCAAAUGCCAGUAAAAAGUAUCACACAAGUGGAUGUAUAACAUAAUAUGAGCAAACUGCAGUACAAUCAGGUUCUAUCCAGUAGUUAACACUUCAGAAAGUGUUCUAUAAGUACAUAAAUGGGACUCAAUGGAAUGCAUGUAGGGAUAAAUUAUUCUCCUUUUAGAAAUAAGAUGUGAAACAUUUGAAGAAAGUGAAAUGGGAGGGGAGGAGGAAGACUCACUGGCAUGUGGCCAGUUGUUACAUGUUUCUUACAAAUAAAGACACAAAGUUAUGGCUUGCCAAGGGCAUUCAUAUCACACACUAAAGAGAAAUUAUAAAUACAUGCAUUCCACUGACAAAAUGCAACACGGAAAUUCAAGUACCACACCACAGUGUGUUCUGAAUCAGCCAAGACAUCUGACAAUUGUCAUAUUCCAUAACAGACCAAUUCCAUUUGAUGUUUAAUACCUGUAAU